GUCCGCAGGGAAGAGGGCGGGGACUGCGCGGCGCGGGACUACAAAUCCCACAAUGCUCCGGACCGCGACGGCGGGGAAGGAGGGGUGCUUCAGGUGUCUGCGACCUCGGCGCCUCCCGCCCGGAAGUGCCCGAGGGGCCGAGAUGGAGCUGGCGGAGCCAGGCGCAUGGUAGCCUGGCGGGCAAGGCAGGUGCCAUGGCCCUGAUUGAAGGGGUGGGUGAUGAGGUGACUGUCCUUUUCGCGGUGCUUGCCUGCCUUCUGGUGCUGGCCCUCGCCUGGGUCUCGACACAUACCGCCGAGGGCGCCGACCCCCUGCCCCAGCCAUCAGGGGUCGCAACAGCAGCACAGCCCGGUGAAGUUAUGGGAGCCACCGCCACCGACAGCGUCAGAGGGGAGUCCCCAGGGGCCGAGACCCCCAGCCUGAGACACAGAGGUCAAGCUGCACAGCCAGAGCCUGGUGCAGGGGUCACAGCAACACCGCCACCCCCGGACUCCCCACAGGAGCCCCUAGUGCUGCGGCUGAAAUUCCUCAAUGACUCAGAGCAGGUGGCCAGGGCCUGGCCUCACGACACCAUUGGCUCCUUGAAAAGGACCCAGUUUCCCGGCCAGGAGCAGCAGGUGCGGCUCAUCUACCAAGGGCAACUGCUAGGAGACGACACACAGACCCUGGGCAGCCUUCACCUCCCUCCCAACUGCGUUCUCCACUGCCACGUGUCCACGAGGGUCGGGCCCCCGCAUCCGCCCUGCCCGCCGGGGUCAGAGCCAGGCCCCUCCGGGCUGGAAAUCGGCAGCCUGCUGCUGCCUCUGCUGCUGCUGCUGCUGCUCCUGCUCUGGUACUGCCAGAUCCAGUACCGGCCCUUCUUCCCCCUGACCGCCACUCUGGGCCUGGCCGGCUUCACCCUGCUCCUCAGCCUCCUGGCCUUCGCCAUGUACCGCCCGUAGUGCCUCCACGGGCUCUCGGCAGCGUCGCCGGCCCCUCCGGACCUCGCUCCCCAAGGCACAGCGGGAGCUGCUGCCUGCCCAGGCCCGCCUCUCCGGCCUGCCUCUUCCCGCUCCCCUGGAGCCCAGCCUUGCGCCGCAGAGGACUCCGGGAGCUGGCGGAGCCCCCUGCCUGUGACCGCCACGGCUCGGGGCCACCUCCUAGGGCUGCAGGCCCCCAGCCCUCACUGACAGUUGGCUCCUCGGGGUCAGGUACCUGCUGUCGAUGCCUUGGCCCUGGGCAAAGCCAGGCCACCCCCCUGGGCCCGUCUUAGUGUUCUGCCUGUGGACCCGGCCAUGUGUAGACCCUAACAGCUCCUCGGGCUGGUCUAGGGACGCAAAGACUGCGGUAGGCUGGUGCAGGGGAUGGGAGAGGGGCAGAGGUCUAUGAAAUAUGUGCAGAUUAAAAUAACUGUGAAGUUUUCA